UAAAAUUAUUAAUAGAUCACUUUAACAGCUGUUGUAAACUAUGAUGGCCAGCUAAUCGCCGGCGUAUACGACGAAUUCGAGAAAUUUUAUUUUGUAGCGGGAAAAUGUGUAGAGAAAAAUCGAAAAAAAACGCAAAAAAUACAAGUGCGAGACGCCAGUGAUUAAUUAUUGUAAUUCCACUCUUAAUAAUGGCCUAGUAGUACCUACUAAAAACGUUGUUUCGUUUUUUUUAAGCAACUCCUGGAAGUUCUAAAAGGUUUUUAAAAAUGGCACUGGUUAUGCUCCCCUGCGAUUUACCAUGGUGGAGUGGGGUGAAGAAACACCUAAUAAAAUUGCAGAGUACAAGAAACACCAUGGAAUUAGUCGAACAGAUGCUUAAGAUUCACGAAAUUUGCAACGUGAGUCUUGAUCCCGACGAAGAGAUCUCCGAACCCGAAAUAUUUGUUGGAUUGCUCAACUUUUUAGAUAAUGACCUAACUAGCGAGGAACGUUGCAAUUUUUUUAAUAAGACUUUGCCCAACAUGAUCAACAGGGCGUUAAAUUUGAAGAAGUGGAAGCCGAGGGGCGGUUUACAUUUUAGUCUUCAACAACAGCCUGACUUAACAGAACUAGAUUACAAUUUCGCGUCGUCUUUGAUAGCAAAUGCAUUCUUUUCAACUUUUCCUAAUCGAAGCGAAAAAACUCAUCCAACUUUGCAAAAUUUCAAUUUUACCCAUUUCUUCCGUUAUCUACAUUUCAACUGUCAAAAGGCAAAAUUAAGGAGCAUUUUUUAUUACUUUGAUUGGCUGGAAGAAAAUGGAAAUUCCGAAGGAACCGUAAGGAUAUUACGACAGGUCAUGUCUAGUAGAGAAUGGUUAACAAUAGAAGACUGGCUGGAAUGCACAUUACCUUUGUGCCCACUUCAAAUUAAGCACGAAGGUCGAUUAGAACGUUGUGAUAAAAACUGUCUUCAAAUAUGCUUUUGCAGUUCGCGAAUGGGUGGAGAUGUUUUAAAAAACGGGUUAACUCAGGAAUGUUCAAGUUUUGUCACCAUGCCAGAAUUACUGUCGAUGUUAUUAACCGUAGAAGCAUUAGAAGAUAAUGAAACUGUUAUGGUGGAAAGAGUGCGACAUAUUACUAGAAUAACAGACCCAAAAAAUAAAGCCAUCUUAGAAAAAAUUGAAAUGCCCUUUCAAACGUCUGUUAGUUUUAUGGAUGCCGACGAUUACACGUUGCUCCCAAUAGGUCAAUACGAAGAGGACAACAUUCUUCGGGAGUUGAACAAAUGCCUACUGGCGUUUCAACAAAAACAAUUCAAAAAUGAACCACAACCUGCUCCUACUCUAUCUCAAAUGCACAUUCAACGACAAAGGAGACUGUCCCCCAUAGGGGAAUCGGUCGGAUCGAGCGAUAAUUCCGAGUCGAAAAACAUUCCCUUAAUAAUGCACCAGUCCUGUAGUACGAGAAGCAGCUCUAUAAUAUCGACUAAAAGUAUCGAUUACAGUAACAUGGACAGACUUGUUGCUUUUGAGAACGACAGAAAUUUCGAAAGGAGAAAACAAAUGAGCAAAGAAGGGGUUUUCAAUAACAGAAAAGGGCGAUUUAUUGUUCUUGGGUCUUCAGGUGAAUGUUUGCCUGUUAAACGGAAAGAAUCUUCCAGCGUUUACUCGAGUUGCAACUCAAGCGAUGAUGAAUUUCAUAGUGCCAAAGGAAGUUUUGACGAGGAGGAUGAAGAACAACAAAACAACCGUCGCUAUAGUAAUGAUUUAGACACAAUAGAAAGACGGAAUACUUUUGCUCAAAGAUUACGAGAUGCGUUAAGAAGAAACGCAUCGGCUGUGACAAGCUCAACAGAAUCAAGUUACGCAGUCGGGAUUUCAGUUGCAGGAUCGGAUAUUCAAGACAAAGACAUUAAGGUUAAGAGGGGCGGUUCUACGGGAUUUGCUUUAAAAGAAGAUUCUUUAGACGAGAACUUCUUAAAUGAAUCUCUAAAUCAAGAGAAGCAGUGGAUUAACAAAUUUAAAAGUAAACAGUCCGCGUUAAGUAAAAAAGACUCUAGCAAGUCUUCGGAAUACAGUUUUAGCACAGACGUUAGUUCAGAACUGGAAGAAGUUUAUGAACAAUUUUCGAGAUGGUUAGAUGAUCCUAUUUUGGAAACGGACUCGGGAACGAAACGCCAGUUAAAUGGAAGAGAGCUGGCCGUUGUUCAAUUUGCAGGAUCUUUGCUCAAAAGAACCCUUAGCGAAACUUUUGCAGGAGUGCCCUUAGAAGAAGGUGAAAACACCACAGUCAACAAAAGUGCUCUUAAACAAAACAAAACUGUUCUCAAUGCAAGGUCUUUGAGUUUAGAACUUGCACGUCACAAACACAAGCUGGCAUCACAGUUGAAAAAAAAUCCGUCAUUUAAUAACGAAGAAUUGCUCUCCAGAAAAGAGCCAGAUCUAACCGUUAAAAAAAGAGCGUGUGUGGCAUGGGAUAUUUCUUAUGUAACAGAAAUGGUUCAAACCCUAAAGGAAGUAACGGUUAGUUUAAUUCUUCGGCCAAAGAACGAGAUGUCCCAAAUUUGUAGUAGCCCAACACCCGGUUUGAAACCAGUUGCCACGGGCAAUUGGGGCUGCGGUUCUUCGAGAAGCGGGGAAGUACAGCUUAAAGUGAUAAUACAAUGGCUAGCAGCCAGUGUUGCAGGCGUUCCCUCCUUAACUUACUAUACUUUUGGGCACGCUAAACUAACUAAAUUGGACACUGUCUGCAGAAUAUUAAUCGACAGAAAGUGGACGGUAAAAGACUUGGUUGAAGCAACGUUACAAUAUGCUUCUCAUGUAUUACUGGGCAGAAGUGUAAACGGAACAUUAUUUGAAGAUUUAAUUGGAGUUGAAAGAAGUUAAAGGUAUAAUUAGGUGCGUACAUGAAAAUUUUACUUAUAAUGCGCUAAAACAAAGAAAUUAAGGAAAACAAUUGUUAAACCAGCUUUCACAAUUGCAUUUCAAAAUUGAUAUGACAUAAAAAGCAGAAAUGAGGAAAUAUACAACUUAAAGAAAUGUACCCAGACCUGCACACUCGACAGUGUGAACCGAAAAAGCAACUGAUUACAUUAUCCCUUACAGCCUUGGAGAUUAUUCUCUUUUUUGCUUUAACUUUAUAAAAAUUGUAGAUCUUGCAACAUCAUAUUUUUUCUAUUGGUAAACAUGUAACCCUUUACCUAUUAAUUGAUCCUUCAAAUCGCGAACGAUUUCUUAUAAACAAUAAUAAGACACUAAUUUUUUGUGCGACAUGCAGAACACAAAUAACACCAACCACUAACAACGAACUAACUGUAAUAAAACAACAUUUCUAGAGCUAAUACGACUAGGGAAAUACCAAAUAAAUCGGGAAUUUACAGUAAUGCCGCAACAGUUAUCAAAAUCACCAGAAAUUCGUUUCUACAUAUAAGCGGUAUAUGCUGUUCACAUUAUGUGGGGUUCCUGUUAUGCGAUGCUCACACUAUCGAGUGUUUAGUGUACAGCUUGGCAAAUUUAGUUUGUCGAACUGUACAUAAGCGGGGAAGUCGCGAAAUGCGUUCUCCUUGCAUACCUUCCACUUUGCCAUAGCGUAUUAUUACAGAUUUGUUUGCCAAGCUGUAUUUACAGAUAGAAAAGAAAAUUAGGAUAUUUUAAAUUAUAGGUAAAAGUCAUUAGAAUUUUGGAUAUGCGAAAAUAGAUAUUUAAAGAUGAAAUACAAUAUGAAUUAGUAUUUUACAAGGUUACAGACAUAUAGGUAUAUGUUUAUUUANAAAUGUAU